AUGGAGUUUCUGUUUCCCUGAAAUGUAAGAAAUGAAUAUAUAUUAGAUGAGAACUUGUUUUCAGUCUAGUUGGCUGGGUCUCUCUGGAACAAUUAUUGCUUGAUUUCAAUCUUGCUUAACCAUAUACUUAACCAUAACUUAACUUACAGAUCUGAUACCAUACCUGUUCGACAGGGAGUUCCUCAGGGUUCAGUAUUGGGCCCGAUUUUGUUUGGCUUAUAUAUCAGGUGUUUUCAACUCUGGCCUUCGAGGUCCACUUUCCUGCAGAGUUUACAUUCAACCUUGAUCAAACUCACCUGACAGUAACUUUCAAUUAAUCCUGAAGACCUUGAUUAGCUUGUCCAGGUGUGUUUAAUUAAGGUAGGAGCUAAACUCUGCAGGAAAGUGGACUUCGAGGGCCAGAGUUGAGAUCCCCUGCUAUAUAUGCUUUCACUUGGGCAGAUUAUCAGGAAUUAUGGUCUUGGGUACCACUGCUAUGCAGAUGAUACCCAGAUUUACAUCACCACUAACUCUGAUGUCCACUGCAUAUUAUCUACACUGACCCAUGAUAACGCAGCACACAUGCCCCGCCCAUAACCACGCCCACACCCCGGUCAUAACCACGCCUCCGCUCAUAACCACACCCACGCAUCCACUGGAAGUCAGCAGUCGUUCAGUCACACAUGAGCCAUCUCCGUCUCCUCAGACGCGCUCCUUCAUCUGAACUGAUAGAGUUGGACUGAAUCAUCAUCAUGUCUUCAAACUCGAGCCUCACGAUCAUGAAACGGACUGUUGAGCAGCUCAAACUCGAAGCCAGCCUGGAGAGAAUCAAAGUUUCUCAAGCCGCUGCGGAUCUACUGCAGUACUGCCUCCAGAACGCCAGUGAAGAUGCGCUCCUGUUCGGCGUCCCAAACGGCUGAGAGAGGAGGCCGAUCAAAGGAAAGCUGAUGUUUUAUAUUCUGCAGCAACAUGACAUGAACAUCCUGAGAUAUAUUGUGCAAAUCUGAGAAUACUGAUGCCUUAAAUUUUGUGCAUUUCUUUUGUAUUUGUCUUGUGUGUUAAAAUCUUUAAAUAUUCCGUUUUUAUUGUAUGCCACAGAAUUAUAUGAAAUUGAAGCAUUGAUUUCUAUGAAUUUAUAUGAAUAAUUUUUUUUUUUAAAUUACCGAGAUUUUUGUUUUUGUCAAAUUAAGUGUGAUUUGUGCAACCAAUGAAAAAAGGUGUACUAGUAAUAAAUAAUUUAAAAAUGUAAAA